AUGGCCGCGAGAGCCCGACAACCUCCAAGAAUAUGCGGUAAACUUUCUUCCUCCGAAGAGCAAAAAGCACACUGCAAAUCCAUUAAUUGGCAUGAAAAACAAACUAUAUUGAUGCAAUUCGCGGACAACACGAUUCUUGUGGGAGAAGGCUCAUGGAGGAAUUUGUGGGCAAUCAAAUCAAUUCUGCGAGGUUUCGAAAUGAUUUUUGGCCUUAAGGUUAACAUGGGGAAGAGUAAUCUGUAUGGAAUAGGAUUAGAGAAGUCAUUCAUAUUGGCAGCUAGUCAGUUUCUAAUGUGCAAGAUUGGAAAGUUCCCGUUUAAGUUUCUGGGGGUUAUGGUGGGAGGUAACCAUAGGCGUAUUUCUUUUUGGAAUCCUAUUCUGGCUGCUAUGAAAGCAAAACUGUCCCCUAGGAUAGGUCGAUUUCUAUCCAUAGGUGAGAGGAUUACUUUGAUCAAAUCAGUUCUAUCUAAUAUCCUGUUGUAUUACCUAUCUUUUUUUAGAGUUCCAAUAUUGGUACUGAAGGAGUUAAACACAAUUCAGAGGAUUUUUCUGUGGAAUCAUAAACCGGAUAGGCAAGGCUUGUGUUGGGUCACCUGGAGUAAGAUGUGUAAGCAUCAAAUUGAUGGUGGCUUAGGUCUCAAGGACCUGGCCAAGUUCAAUGAAGCUUUGCUUGCAAAGUGGCUUUAG